AUGUCUACGCACGGCUGCGGAUAUGACUGGAACCCUGGUGGUUUUGUGGAAGCCAUUGCUGAACAUUGCGGUCCAAGCAUUACGGAACUCACAGUCAAGAAGGCCAAAGACUGGGGAGCCAUAGUCAACGGUGUGGUAUCUUUUCGAGCGUUUCCCCAGCUACGCAUGCUCGAGAUUGACUUGGCCUCCUUCUGUGGGCCAUCGGUAGCAAGUGGCCAAAGGCUGGGAGAAGAUGCUGUUCAGGCAGAAGAGGGGGAAAAGGCAUGGACCAUUGAAGACAUUCCAUGCUUGGGAGACAUGUUGCCGGAGAGCAUCGUGAAUGUACAGAUCGACAACAACGGCUGGAUGGACGAUCCCCCGGAGCCAGAGGAGGUUUUGAAGCUGUUGCUUCAGGGUUUCCCUGAGAAGCGUGUAUCGAGACUGCGAGACCUGGCUCAAGUAACUUUGCCUAGUUUGGGAGACGCCAAUGUGCGAGCGCUGACCGAAGGAGUGGGGGUGCAAUUCGUGUCUUUGAGUCGAAAGGGUGCACUCAACAAUUCGCCGUGCUCCUCGACGGUGCAGGAAUAUUCUGAUAUGUUCAAGGCCGCUGCCAAAGCAUCCAACGAUGCAGAUACCAGGCCCAAGCCUGUUGCAGUCAGACGUGGACGGAGCACUGUAUGGGUAUAUCCAGAAUCGUAA